AUGACACCCUGCGAUCAGCCCAUAAGCAAGGUCGACGAGAAACCGCCGAAAUAUCAAACGCAUCCCGACGCUGGCACGAAGUUUCCGCUUGCCCACUUUCCCGAAAACGACGUUUUUGUGAUCAUCACCGCCUCCGCCGAGCUCCCACCAGACCAGGAGCCCUCCCCGACUUCCAGCCUAGGAACUAUCUGGGGAGGCUUCCUCCAGGCCCUGCACCGCCCCUCCGCGGACCCCGUCACGCUCGGGGUUCACGUUGUGGUCAACGUCGGCGCUAGUGAGGUCGUGGGCAGCCGUCCGUCGAUUCCCCCCGAAGUGAUAGGGGUGGUGCCCCACAGCCUCCUCCGGGUUCUCAUACCGCUUACGCCGCGCGUUCAAGCACCCGAGUUCUUUGCGCGGAAGUUUUGGCACACCUUGCUCGAUGCAUUCAGAUCGGCCCAAUUGGACGGAUCGGUGCCCAGGCUCGAGGCAGUUUUCCUCAAGUGCUACUACGAUUGGCGCCUCAACUUCUCAGCCGACGCGUUCAGAGUGGUCCAACGGGACGGGUCGGUGGCGAGGCUCGAGGCGGCCCUGCUCAAGUCCUACUACGAUUGGCGCCUGGUGGAUGGUCAGGCUAGGUGUUGGGUGUAA